AAGAAUAUCGAUAACAACCCAAUCAGCUGUUAUGCUUUGUGGGAAGAAUAAGCCGAACGAGGUUCACUGUUUACACAUUUGUACGCCAAAUCCGGAAUGAAUACCAUCAGACCAUGUGGGUGCAAGGGAGUGCGCACCUGUUUGAGCUGCGAGCAGGACUUCCAGAUAGCCAAGCCCUCACUUCAGGAACAGUUCCGACAGCUUGAAGCCUGGUCAUACUGCGUGCAUUGUGAGCUGUUCCAACCCGGCUGGGAUACUAAAGAGGUACAGGAGUCCCACAGCAACCACGACCAAGAAAAUGGCCUGCCCUUACCAGGCAUCCUUGUGCAGGAAAAAUUCAUCAGCGCGGAGGAGGGCGCCCAACUUAUAAAUGAUCUGGAUGACUUGCCCUGGGACAUCUCGCAAAGCGGACGCCGGAAGCAAAACUUCGGACCCAAGACGAACUUUAAGAAGCGUAAGCUUCAGGUGGGAAACUUUGCCGGAUUCCCCAGUACCACGGAGUACGUGCAGCGACGCUUCGAAGACGUUCCCCUGCUGCGAGGCUUCCAAACCAUCGAGCAGUGCUCCUUGGAGUACGAACCCAGCAAAGGAGCCAGUAUAGAUCCGCACGUGGACGAUUGUUGGAUCUGGGGUGAGCGCGUGGUCACUGUCAACUGCCUGGGCGAUGCAGUGCUUACCCUAACGCCCUACGAACUCCAGCAGGCUGGGAAGUACAACCUGGAUUUGGUUGAGGAAUAUCAGAAGGAGCUCCUGGCGCCGCUGCUCGAGGAAGAGCAACUGGUCAGGUACAAGGGAAAAGUUCUGAGGAUUCCUAUGCCAAACCUCUCCCUAAUCGUCUUGUAUGGCCCAGCGAGGUACCAAUUCGAACAUUCUGUUCUCCGCGAGGAUGUCGAGGAACGAAGGGUCUGCAUAGCGUACAGGGAGUUCACUCCCAUGUACAUCAACGGCGAAGAUCGCAUUAAGGGCGAUCCUGUGAGGGAAAAGUCUCUGAUAUUUUGGGAAAUAAAGUAAGAAGUGCAAAAGCUGGGUAAAGUUA